UUAUAAAAAUUCAAAAGACCCCUGAAGCAUUAUAAAUAGCGUCUUGUGGUAGUGUGUUCUUCACGAAAGACCGUUUCUUUGAUCUCCGAGGAGAGGGAAAAAACUAGCAAAGGAAGGUGGCGGUGCUGGGUUUUUUUGGGUUGUAGACGCCGUUCUGGAGAGACAUGGUGGGACCAGCGAGGCAUCAGUUCGUUUUCUUUGGAUCCUCCAUUGUCCAACUCAGCUUCGGCCAUGGCGGUUGGGGUGCCACUCUGGCUGACAUCUACGCUCGCAAAGCAGACAUUGUGUUGCGAGGGUAUUUUGGGUGGAACUCACGACGUGCGCUUGAGGUCCUUGAUCAAGUUUUUCCAAAGGUACUAUACUUCGAGCGGAAAAUACCCUGUUGCCUUUAAGGAUGCUGCACUGCAGCCUUCUUUGGUGAUAGUUUAUUUUGGUGGUAAUGAUUCUAUGGGGCCUCACUCAUCUGGCCUAGGCCCUCAUGUACCACUUCCUGAAUAUAUUGCGAACAUGAGAAAGAUUGCGACUCAUCUCCAGAGCCUCUCGGAGAAAACACGCAUCAUUUUCUUAAGUUGUCCCCCUGUCAAUGAGGCCAAGGUUCGCGGAAACACAAGUAAAAUUUUUAGCGAGCUAGUUAGAACAAAUGAGUUAUGCCAAAACUACUCAGAAGCUUGUAUAAAGCUGUGCCAAGAAAUGGGUGUGAAGGUCGUAGAUCUUUUUACUGCACUUCAGAAAAGAGAUGAUUGGAUGGAUGCUUGUUUCACAGAUGGGAUUCAUUUAUCAGCUGAAGGGAGCAAGAUAGUUGCUAGGGAGAUACUAAAGGUGAUCAAGGAAGCUGACUGGGAGCCAUCUCUACACUGGAAGUCGAUGCUGACCGAAUUUCCGGAGGAUUCUCAAUAUGAUCUUGUUGCUGCUGAUGGAGAGACAACAUUAAACCCAUCGGAGUGGACUUACUACUGGGAGAAUCAGUGGGACUAGUUUGUCGAGAUGUUGUAGAACUCAUGCAGAGCUGUCUGCUAGAAAUUGAAGAAUGAAGAAAGAUAAUUUGAACUUUGAUUGUUUUCUUGAUUUGUUCUUGUAAAGGUAGAUCAAAUUGGCAAUGUUAUAUGGAUAGAAUAUUGUGCCAAAUCGACUGUAGCCCUUCAUGGUAUUAUAGAAUGGAUAGAAUCUUGUGCCAA